AUGGUACUGGAUAAGGAGUGUAGUGCCUUGGUCCAGAAGAAGCUCCCUCAAAAGCUACUGGAUCCUGGAAGCUUUCUGAUUCCCUGUACUAUAGGGACUAUCACUUUUGAGAAGGCACUAUGUGACCUUGGCUCAAGCAUCAACCUGAUGCCUUUAUCUGUAAUGAAAAGGCUGGGAAUUCUGGAGGUGCAGCGUGCCAAGAUCUCAUUAGAGAUGGCAGACAAGUCCCUAAAAAGGGCAUAUGGCAUGGUGGAAGAUGUCCUAGUGAAGGUUGAAGACCUUUACAUCCCUGCUGAUUUUGUAAUCUUAGACAAUGGGGAGGAUAGAGAUGAAUCCAUUAUCAUUGAAAGGCCUUUUCUAGCUACUUCUAAGGCCUUAAUUGAUGUGGAAAGAGGAGAGCUAGUUCUUAGACUAUAUGAGGAUUAUAUCUUGUUCAAGAUUCCCAACCCUCAAUCUCCCUCUAACAAAGGAGGUUCCAUUGUGCAACACGUAGUGUUUCAACCUUCCCUCUCAGUGUAG